AUGGCAACGCCGUCGCCCGCAGACCUGAACGCAGCGCGCGAAGCAGACUACAAACGCUUUAAAAACUAUGCCGCCUACACAUUCCUAAUCGGCGCACCGAUCCUAAUCGCCCUCCCACCACGCAAACUCGACCCUCUCACCGUCCUCGUCCUCUGCUCCUUCGGCGCAUCCGCAAACCAUAUCGUGCAUGAGCGCACUGGACGCAGCAUAGUCGACCGAAUUGAUGCCCGGAUCUCCCGCAUACAGGGGCCAUUCUCUUCCCUACCGAGCGAGCGCGCGCUAGAGAUCCAAGAACGACUCCGGGCCGCGCGCGAUGCGCAGCUCCGCCAGGCUGAGCAUGAUCAAUUGCAGGCGCAGAUUCUGUCACUUUCGGAUAAGCAGCGCAGGGAGCCGGACGCGGGUUUGAUGGAGGAGAUUCAGAAGCUUAAGGCGAGACAAGCGCAGGAGGAGGGGGUUAUGCAGCGGGUUUGGAUGGGUGGGGAGUCUGAGGGCUGGAAAGAGAGGAGGUUGAGGGAGGAGCAGAAGGCGCUUAGUGAGGGCAAGGGGUAUGGAGAUCUGAUUCAGGAACAUAUUUGGGAUGUUUGGACUUGGGGUGGGAAGGACGGGAAGGGUGAUGAGGGAGUCAAGGAUGAGACUGUGGUUGAGACUGAGAAGAAGGAUUGA